AUGAAAAGCGGAAAAGAAUUAUUUAUAGAAACCAGAGAUAAGCUUAUACAAGCUAGGCUAAUUUUAGAGAGCUCAAUAGAAACUCCUACUAUAAAAUAUCUAUCAGAAGGUGAAGAAAAAGUAUACGAUUUAAGUACUUAUAUAGAAGAUUACUUUACUUUGUUGCAUAACGUUCCGACUUAUGUAAGCGAUGAUUCUUAUGUGCUAAAGUAUGUACCGAACAUUAAAGAACUUAUUACUAAUCUUCGCGAGAGUUUUAAAUCACCAGAAAACUCUAGUGCAAUUGAUAUUGAGCAUAAUGUAGAAGUGCAAAUGCUUUCUAAAAUAUUUUCUGAAGAAUGAGCUAAUAAACGUUUAAUAAAGUAUAUAUAUUACCAAGCUUUUACAGAAUGGCUGAAAGAGAUUGGAUUUAACUAUUUUAAAUAUCUAGUCCCUUGACUUCCUAAUGAAGACAGGGUACUUCAUGACGCCAGAAUCAUAGGAAUUGCAAUUUACGAAGCUUUAAAUCAAGAAGCACAGCAUGAAGAAACUCCUAUUCUUGGAGAUGACAUAAUACAAGAAGACAUGAUAUAG